AUGGCCCAAUCUUCUCUUGAUGUCCUGCUCAAAGGCAGCUCCGCCAGGAACACGCGCGGUUUAUUACGAAUCCUCAUCCUAGUCACGAUUGCAGCAGCAGCUGUGGCUAGUCGACUCUUCAGUGUCAUCCGAUUUGAAAGUAUUAUCCACGAAUUCGACCCCUGGUUCAACUUUCGAGCAACAAAGUACUUGGUUCAAAAUGGUUUCUAUAGUUUCUGGGACUGGUUUGACGACCGAACAUGGCACCCCCUUGGUCGUGUCACUGGUGGCACGCUAUACCCUGGUCUCAUGGUGACCAGCGGUGUGAUUUACCACAUCCUUCGCUUCCUCACUAUCCCCGUCGACAUCCGAAACGUCUGCGUUCUACUCGCUCCCGGCUUCUCCGGCCUUACAGCCCUUGCCAUGUACCUUCUGACCUGUGAAAUGUCACACUCGCCAUCAGCUGGUCUUCUCGCUGCGGCUUUCAUGGGCAUUACCCCGGGUUAUAUCUCGCGUUCCGUUGCGGGAAGUUACGAUAACGAGGCCAUUGCAAUUUUCUUGUUAGUAUUUACCUUCUUCCUGUGGAUCAAGGCAGUCAAGAAUGGUUCUAUCAUGUGGGGUGCUUUGACAGCCCUGUUUUACGGAUACAUGGUCUCGGCCUGGGGUGGUUACGUUUUUAUCACCAACCUCAUUCCUCUCCAUGUUUUCGUCCUUCUCUGCAUGGGUCGGUAUAGCUCCCGCGUCUAUAUCAGCUACACCACGUGGUAUGCCUUAGGAACUUUGGGCAGCAUGCAGAUUCCCUUCGUGGGCUUCUUGCCCAUUCGCAAUAGUGAUCACAUGUCCGCCCUGGGUGUGUUCGGGCUACUUCAGCUGGUGGCAUUCGCCGAGUUUGUUCGAGGCUUCCUGCCCGGAAAGCAGUUUCAAAAGCUGCUCACCUCUAUGGUUCUGUUUACCUUUGGUCUUGGAUUCGCUGGGCUCGUCCUCCUUACUGUCUCUGGAGUCGUCGCCCCGUGGAGCGGCCGUUUCUACUCCCUGUGGGAUACUGGCUACGCCAAGAUCCAUAUUCCAAUCAUUGCAUCGGUUUCUGAGCACCAGCCUACCGCCUGGCCUGCCUUCUUCUUUGAUCUGAACUUCCUCAUCUGGCUCUUCCCGGCCGGUGUUUUCAUGUGUUUCCAGAACCUCAGAGAUGAGCAUGUUUUCGUGAUUAUCUACGCCGUGCUCUCCAGCUACUUUGCCGGCGUUAUGGUUCGUCUGAUGCUGACUUUGACCCCCAUCGUCUGUGUUUCAGCCGCAUUGGCCCUGUCUGGAAUCCUUGACCACUUUUUGGUAUUGAAGAAGCCAAACCCGGAGUCCCGGGCUAAGGCCAACGCUGAGGAAUCGAAGUCUCUCCGUUCCACUCGGACCCCCCUCGUUGGCAUCUACUCGUACUUCUCAAAGGCAGUUGUGUCUGGCUCUCUCACUCUUUACCUGCUCCUUUUCGUGGCGCACUGCACCUGGGUUACGUCGAACGCAUAUUCGUCCCCCUCCGUUGUUCUAGCUAGCAAGCUGCCAGAUGGAAGCCAGCACAUCAUCGAUGACUACCGUGAGGCUUACUACUGGCUCCGCCAGAACACCCCCGACAAUGCCAAGAUUGCGUCCUGGUGGGAUUAUGGCUACCAGAUUGGUGGCAUGGCUGAUCGCCCCACGCUGGUCGACAACAACACCUGGAACAACACCCACAUUGCCACUGUCGGCAAGGCCAUGAGCUCUCGAGAGGAGGUCAGCUACCCGAUUCUGCGACAGCACGAUGUAGACUAUGUUCUUGUCGUCUUCGGUGGACUACUCGGCUAUUCGGGCGAUGAUCUGAACAAAUUCCUGUGGAUGGUCCGGAUUGCCGAGGGUAUCUGGCCUGAUGAAGUGAAGGAGCGUGAUUUCUUCACUGCUCGUGGUGAAUACCGUGUUGAUGAGGAGGCUACCCCAACCAUGCGUAACAGCUUGAUGUACAAGAUGUCUUACUAUAACUUUCAGUCCCUGUUCCCGGCCGGCCAAGCUGUCGACCGGGUGCGUGGUGUCAGACUCCCGGCUGAGAGCCCACAGCUCAACACACUGGAGGAGGCGUUUACCAGUGAGAACUGGAUCAUUCGGAUUUUCAAGGUCAAGGAUCUGGACAAUUUCGGUCGUGAUCACAACAACGCUGUUGCUUUCGACAAGGGUCUCAAGCGGAAGCGUGCUUCCAAGAAGAAGGGCCCUCGCGUUCUGAGAACCGAGUAA